CCUGGCCGUAGCGACUCCCGACGCGGUCGGGGGCGGAGCAGGCGAGUGGAGCCUCCUCCCGGCGGCGGGGGCGGUCCCCACGGCAGCUGCUCCGCGUCUCCGCUUUCUCCGGGCGGUCCUCGUCGCCGCGGCGUCUGGGCUCUCUUUCCCCAGGGUUUCUGCUGGGAAACCCACCCGCUGAUCCCAGCCUGUGGCCUGCAGGGAGGGGCCGACGAGUGGUGAGGAUCGACUGGAUGAAAUGCAUGCAAGACUUGAGAACUGUUUCUUUGAAGAUCUUUAAUUCAAAGUGGAAACAUUCAAAGCAAGGAUUGUUGGAGCAGAACGCCCAAACAAAGACAGGCAUCGCACUUGUCAUCGAGUUUGCAGACUGGAAUAGCUGAACUUGAAGCUUCCUGCCUGCAGUGGAAGCCGAGAGAUACCUGUUGCUGACAUACUCAAAGACAUGAACUUCAACGUGACUUUCCACCUUUCCUACAAAUUCCGAUUGCUGUUGCUUUUUACCUUAUGCCUGACAGUGGUUGGGUGGGCCACCAGUAACUACUUUGUGGGUGCUAUUCAAGAGAUUCCUAAAGCAAAGGAUCUCGUGGCUAGUUUGAGCAAGGGUGUCGUUUUAGGGAAGAAAGGAACUGUGACGGAUGAAGCAUUUGUGGAAAAAGCAAGACUUGACAAUUGCCCUUCUGUGUCUCCACACCUCAAAGGCCAGACCAAGCUCGUGUUCAAGCCAGAUCUCACUCUGGAGGAAGUCCAGGCAAAGAACCCCAAGGUGCACAGAGGCCGGUAUCGCCCUGAGGAGUGCAGGGCUUUGCAACGGGUUGCCAUCCUCAUCCCUCACCGGCAUAGGGAGAAGCACCUGCUGUACCUGCUGGAGCACCUUCACCCCUUCUUGCAGAGGCAGCAGCUGGACUACGGCAUCUACGUCAUCCACCAGGCUGGAAGUAAGAAGUUUAAUCGUGCCAAACUCCUGAAUGUGGGCUAUAUAGAAGCUCUCAAGGAUGAAAUUUGGGACUGUUUCAUAUUCCACGAUGUGGACCUGGUGCCUGAGAACGAUCUGAACCUUUACAGGUGUGAGGAUCAGCCCAGGCAUCUGGUGGUUGGCAGGAACAGCACGGGGUACAGGUUACGUUACAGUGGAUAUUUUGGGGGUGUUACUGCCCUAAGUCGAGAGCAAUUUUUCAAGGUGAAUGGAUUCUCUAACAACUACUGGGGAUGGGGAGGCGAAGACGAUGACCUCAGACUCAGGGUUGAACUUCAUAGAAUGAAAAUAACCCGGCCACUGCCUGAAGUGGGUAAAUAUACUAUGAUCUUCCACAAGAGAGACCAAGGCAAUGAGGUGAAUAUAGGACGGAUGAAUCUCUUACAUCAGGUGUCACGUGUCUGGAGAACAGAUGGGUUGAGCAGCUGUGGUUAUAAAUUACUCUCUGUGAAUUACAAUCCUUUAUAUGUCAACAUCACAGUGGAUUUCUGGUCUGAUCCAUGACCCUGGCUCUUCUGGUGACAUUUGGAGGGACUGAAUAUUUGAUUGCAGUACUGUAGAGACUUCCCCUAGUAGCACACGUUAAGAACUUGUUGUGGCCAAUCUUUGAGCUGAUUUUCCCUCUUUGGUAUUUUCUUAGCAGAGUUCCUGGUGAUGUGGAAUGUAAAAAAAUUGUAGAAGACAGCUUUCUUAGUUGUUUUGAUCAUGAAGGUUAACUAUGGUACUGUAGAUAACUUGGGACUAACUAUGAAAGGACCACUCGAAAGAUACCAUGAAGGCUACUUGAGAACUCUGAUUGGAGAAGACGUAUUUCUGUUUGAAGUGAUACAUGUUUUCUGGAAUGAAAAAGGCCAUGGGAAAUAAGAUGCUGAAUGUCCCAGAGAAUCAGAAUUCUUCUCGUCCCAGGGGGAAAGAGUUGAAGAUAAGUUUCUGUUACUCAUUUAUCCUGCGUGGUUGUCUGUGAAGAGGCGGGUCCCACGUGAGAAGAAGGCUGAAGAAGAGGAGAGAAAGGUGAAGAAUCAAGAUGCCAUGAACUUGGGGCUGAAGAGGUGGCAGAAGGACCACGUCAGGCAGAGGGCGGCUGUGGCUGUGGCCCUGCAUCAGGUGCCCCCUGCCCAGGUACCCCUUCCAGUCCCAGCUCAGCAGAGAACACAUUUUAUCUACUAGUUUUUAGGGCAUUUUUGUAAAAUCAUUUUGUACGUGUAGGGUAUGAUGUAGCAGUUUACAAAUUGCAUAUUACCUAAUAAUACAUUGGAAAUACCUCUGUAGUAAAAUAUGAAGAAGC